GGCGAAAUGAACGAGUAUGUAACGAGUACGGCCGUUUGCUUUUCUCCUACUUUACUUCAGCAUAGAGAAAUCAUGCUUUUUUAGCAUUCAGAAGAAUAAAAAAAAAAUGUUGGCUUCCAAGGCUGGAUAAAACAGAAGCAGAAUUACAGAUCUAUGAAGAGAUGGAGCAUAAAAGAAUUUGUGGGCCUUUGGAAACAUAAUUUUCCUGCCAUUAAGAAAUAUGGAAAACAGUAAUUCUUUUGACAGACCCAACAUAACAUUUUCUUGUGAUCUUAGUGAUUGUACGAGAUUGUCACCUUCCCAGUACCCACUGGCUGAGAACAACAGUAUUUGUUCCAAUGAGGAUCCAGGAAGUGGGAUUCCCUUUUGGUACUUCAAUGCAAUUCCUACAGAAGAACCAUGUUAUAGGCCAUCUAGUCGUAAACUCUGUGCUCAAGUCUCUACGUGCUUUGAUCAAGAACAUAACAUAUCACUGAGGAACUCCAAAUUAAUCUGUGAUUCAAAUUUUACUUCACACAGCACUAGUCAAAAUGGUCAUGACAUUUCUGGACACUCAUUACUUUAUCAGGUUGAAGAUGAGUCAUUCACAGCAGUACCAAAUUACCAGUUAGCAAGUGAUGAUUUUGAUAAAUCAAGAGAGGAUGUCUUCAAAGGUAGCAUAAGAAAAGAGCCAAUGGGAAGUGAGAAUAAAGACAUUUCUUUGUCUGUGGUGACAUCUUUACAUUGCAGUAGUGAACUAAAUGGUGAAAGUCAUCAAUUAGUUUCUUCUACCAAUUCAGAGAAACCCGAGUGUGUAACAUUACCAGUUAGCACCGUAAAAGCAAAUGAACAAAGUCUUUGUCAGCAGGUAAAGAAGGAUAGCAUGAGUUUUCACCAUCCAUGGCCUCCCAUAAUAGGUCAGUCUUUUGAUAUUUCUUCAGGAGGUUGUUGUAAUGAAAACAAUGAUUAUUGCAAAGAAGGUUCUGAAAGCGAAGAAAGUAAACAAUCAUGGCUACAGAGUGAAAGUUCUGGAGAGGAUCAGGAUACAUUGUCUCAGAGAGUGGAAGCUCUUCUUGGAGAAAAGAUUAUAUAUACACAAGAUUCUGAAGAGUCUUGCCAACUGAAAGAUUCUUCUAAUGAUAAUUGGAAUGAAAACAACCCACUACAAGAACAGACAAACUCUGAUAAAAUUGUAGCUGCCCAGGAGAUGAAUCAACAUCAGAACAGAGAUUUCUUCCUUUCUAAUCAAAUGAGUGUUAACAAAAGCGAUAGUGAAAUAAAAACUAAUUAUUCCAAGUCCAAACUGACGGAUUUACCCAUAAAAGCAAACGAAAUAAAAUUAUUGAAAAUAGAUGCACCUUAUUUUCCCAACUGUGAUUUGCCAUAUUCAAAUGACACAAUUUUUCCUACAGUAAAUUUAGGACAAAAGACUAGUAAGAAGAAACUUGAAGAUGGUCAUCAAAGUAAUACUGACCUAGAAGAGAGAGGGCUUCUUGGUACUGGAGAGGAGAGAGUUUUGUCUCCUCUUUCUAUGUGUAGUGCAACAUCAAGUAGGCGCUUAGAAUGGGACAGUGGGGCAGAUAUUGGGUACCCUGUAUCUCCUACUUGUUGUAGGGCUGAGCCAGAAGGAUAUUCCUCUAUUCUUACUGACAAAGUAUUAGUAAUAAAUAAAAGAGAAAAGGGUAUUCAAACUCUAAUAAAUGAGGACAAUAGUUUAGAAGAUACCUUCAGUGUGAGUGGAGAAUCUGUGAGUUCAGAAUGCAUUUUAGAAAGCUUGUAUGAUAAACAGUGUUUCUCUAGUCCUUGUGACACUUCUCAUAAACAAACAGAGAGGAAGCAGUUGAUUGAUAAAGUUCACCAUAUAUUACAGUCAUCUAGAGCAAAGAGGUUAACGGCUCAAGAAACAAACAAUUUGUUAGGGAGAACACUAGUUUCAAGAACUGAGGAUAAUGUUAAUGUAUUAAAAAAUCAAAACUGUGUUGCUGACAAUGAACAUAGUGAUGAUUGUUCUACACCUGACUGUUCAAUAUAUAAUGACUUAGAAAUUUUGAAAAUCACAAAUUCUUUGUGCUCAUUGAAUGUGAGUGUAGGGGUUAUAUCCAGCAGAAAAGUAAGUAGCCAACCUCUUGUAACAUGGAUUUAUACAAAUCCAUCAAUAAACAGUCCUCAGGUUUCUGUAACACAUAACACUGCACCAUUAAGUUGCAUCAAAGACCUGUUUGGGGGGGAAACAAAGGAAACAUCAGUGGUUGAAGAAACCAAUUAUCAACUGUGUGAUGGUAAAUUUAUUAGAGGUAAUGACACUAACUGUAAUGACAAAUCAUAUUUUUCCAAUAGGGUAUCAGUUUGCCAUGACAAUUGUGCUAUGGGAACUUUAUGUCAUAGUAGUCAGACUAAUUUGAGUUCUGUUGUUGGAUGCAAUAAUAAAGAAACCCAAGAUAUUCAGCAGAAUGAGGAAAGUAAAGAUUUUCAAAUUCACACAGACCCAGCUGGAAAGAUAAACCUUUCAGAAGUUCAAGUCAAGGAUAUAUCUGAUUACAAUGUACAAACCUGUAAUGAGUCUCAGUGGGAGAACACUCAAAAUACUUUUGUCAGAAACAAGACAAAUGAAAACUCUGUUUCUGUACACAGUAUUUUUUCACAUUAUGUAAAACCUGCUGUUCAGGAUUUUAAUCAAAGUCCAGGUAUUGAUAAAAGUAAUUUAUGGGUUAUGAUUGAAAAAGGUGAGAAUCAACAAAAGAAUUUACCUGUAAAUCAUAUUAGCAAAAGACUGGUAAAUAAAAGUAUGACUGAUCAAGAAAACCAGCUAAAAGAAGUUGUAAACAUUGAUAAACAAAAUGUUGAAAAUAGGAGAGCAUUUCGGUCAUUUCCAUAUAACAAAAAUUUUAGUCAAGAAGAGCAUUUUACUAAUUCACAUUGCUUAGAAAACAUUGGUAGAGAACAGUUAUUCAAAUUCAAUGACAGUAAAGCACAAGAUAUAAAAACAGGCUAUCAAGAAAUUCAUUUAGCACCAAUUAACAGCAGUGCCUUAUUAAUUUUGGAGAAUUCUAAGUACUUACAUUCAGAUCUAAAGAAAAAGGAUUCUCAAGGCUUUGAGAGAGAUGCUGAAAAGUCAUCAUUUGCUUGUGAAACUCUCAUUAGUAGUCAUCUUCCUGAUUUGAUGAAACCUAAUGUUUCUGAAGCACAAACAUCUAAACUAUUUCAAGUAAUAAAGACUGAUACAACUAUGUCAGAAGGGUCAUACUGUGCUACAGAGGUAGGAACCAGAAUAAAGUCACCUUUAAAAUACAGUUCACAAUUGCCUUCUGUAGAAAAAAACUCGGGUGUUUUCUAUCCUGUGGGAACCCCAGCUGAUCAACAUAAAAUUAAAGAUGCUUCUUUACUCUCAAAUUCCCACACCUUUGAUCCUGAUAAGGACAGUAACUCAACAGAUAAACAUGUUUCUGCAUUCUCAACAAAGUUUGCUAACACUAAACAGCAUUUUAAACUUCCUUCUGUUCAAUGUGUUAGUAAACAUGACCAGUGCUUUUCCCAGUGCAGAAUCAUCCCUAUUGAAAGUAAUCAACACUCUGUGCAAGAAAUAUUAAAAGACAUAUCUUCCUCUGCAAACCAUGCUGUUACCAAAGAGAGCAAGUCUUAUGCUACUUUCAGUGAAUGUGCUAAUGCAAAUGUGGGACAUCAGGAUAAUCACAAAGAAUUGUCAAAUGAAAUACAUGUUCCAAGUUUUGAAACAUGGAUGCAUCCUUCAACAGUAAGUAUGAAUACACAUCAAAGAUCUCCCGAGUCAAUAAAUACUGAUCUGAAUAAAAAUCAUCAAAAAAUUCUUGCUACUUUCAAGACUGAUAAAGAAGCUGUUUCUGAAACAUGUCAAGUAUGUGGAUUCAAGUCUAGAUCAAUAAUACAUCGACAAAAGCAACUUCCAAACAGACUUUCCACUGAACAAUCUCAUGAAAUGUGUAUAUCAUAUACACCUUUGUAUCUACAAUCAGCAAGUCAGGAAUCUGUGUUAUCAUCAAAGCCAAAAUGCAGAAGCUGCAUCUCUACUGUUACAGACACUUCACUUACAGAUGACCCCACAAUAAUAUCUGAGAAGCUACAAAAGAAAUUCAGCUGUAAACAGUUGCCACAGUGGGAAAAAUACCAUAAGCAGUACAAUGUUCCAAGUGCUUGGCACCUGUCAGGGAGCCUGGAAAACCUAUUAAAGAAAUCACAGCCAGUCUUAGAAAGGAGUACCACUACUUCUCAUCAUAGCCUUGAAGACAUGGAGAAAGAGGUCGUGAAAUCAAGGUCCGAGACUGAUCAGUUAGGUGUUAACAGUUAUGUGUCUGUUUCACAUUCAAAGAAUUCACUUGCUCGACCAAGCAAGAAAGUGUUAUUAUCUGAUGAACUAAGUUCGAAUGUAUCUGAAAGAAAGUCUGUGAAAGCACCAUGGGAAGAAUAUUUAUAUAAACUUAAUACGCUUACUGAUUGUGGUGAGAGUGCAACUUCUGUUAAGCAGAACAGUUCAGGAGAGGAAAGGUAUGAUGAAGACUUUAGAAGUAAGAAUGUUCAAGGUGAGGUAAGGUCUGAGAAAAUUAACAGUUACAAAGAUCACACAUCUUUAAAAAAGGAAGGCAAGAAAACUGUUUUACAAGCACAUCAGCAAUCAAGAACAAAGUCUCCUCUUCACAGUGCUCGACAUCAAAAUGUAGUCUAUCCAGUGAGGAGAAAAAGAGAAACUGCCAAAAAAGAGCUGGAAAAAUUAAAACAUUUGGUUGAUCGGCAGAAAAAGAGCUAUUUACACAGACUUCAAAGAGAAGUAGAGCGACUAGAACGUUUGGGUAAAUUAUUUCAAGAAAGUAGCCCAACAGAUGAUGAUAAAGCAAGUAGUGUUUACACUAAAGUACAGGAGAUUUCCGAAAGCUGGUCGUCUGCUAAAGGAACAACAUCUUCUGCAAGUAGUAGUUUCUGUACUGUAAAAACAAAAACUCUCUCAAAGCAUGCUGACCUGUCCAAUUUGUAUGACCACUAUCCAGCACAGAAGUUAAAAAGAAAAGUUUUACACUCAGCUUGUGCUCAGGAAAUGCAGAAAUUAAGAAUGGAUGAAAAAGGUGAACUGUCUAAUUAUCAUGGCUCAAAGUUUACACAUAGGAGAAAGCACAUUGAGAAAACACCUCCAGAACUUGUAUCAGUUUGUGUUCAAACUCAAGUGGAACCCCAAGAGGGUACAAACAAACAUGAACGUCAGUUUGUAUCUACUGGACUUUUAUCAUCAUUUGAAAGGAAGAAAUUUGCAUGUCAGAAAGGAAAAAAUUAUAGAAACCAAAGAAUUAAUUCAGCAAAGAAACCUUUAAGAAAAAUGACUCCUCCUAGUGUAUCAUGGUUUGUGCCUGUAACAAUCAAUGUGAGGAAAAACAACCAGAGUGAAGCGUUUCAUAAACAUCUACAGGAAACUGGAAAGAUUACUCUUCAGGAUGCAUUCAACAAGCAUUGUUCUCACCUCAUUAAAAAUUCACAACAGAGACUUCAGAACAUAGCAAGCUUAGCUGAAUUUCGAAAACAUCAUUCAGCAAAAUAUGUGAUGAAUGGUCAUAUCAGUCACAAACGAAGGAGUCAUAGGAUCAGCAAGACAUUUAAAGAUAAUCAUCAGCAAAAGAGAAAAAUUUUCUCUCAUUGGGAGAUGAGGCAACAGACAGAAAAAGUAUAUCAGAAUCUUCCUGAAGUUGUGAAAAAGUCUGAAAAUGCUAGACGAGCUCAGGAAUACAAGAACAAUCAACUGAAAGUACAUAUCUAUAACCAGAAACUGAAGGAAAGAGUGCUAAAGGGAAAAGUGAGUUUACCUAUUACCCAACAGUGUUGUCGUACAGCUGUUCAUGAAUUAGCUAAGCAACCAGCAGAGUAGAAAGCUUCCUUUCUGCUGAUUUUUCAGUGUUAGAUUGUACAGUGUUUCAAGUGAUGCAUGUGUGAAUGCACAUUCUUCACCAAAGACACUUUAAGUUUAAUAUCUGUUACUUAACAAUGCCUAACUUAGCAAAGAGUCUUGUAUUGCAUCAGUGCUGUAUUUGAUGGAGAAGUUAUGCAUCAUCUGUGAUGUUAAGAUUCAUUGUAAGUCCUAUUCCUCAGUGACUAUUUCAUAUUUUAAUGUUUUUUAAAUUGAAAUCCUUAGAUUUGUUAAGAAUUAAAGUUUUGCAUAAUAAAAUUAAUAUUAACUCAGAAUUAGAAGAUUGGCAUCGUAAAAGCCAAGACAGAAAUAAACAAGCAUAAGAACUACAUGUAUUAUAGUAUUAGUUUUCUGAAUUUCUUAGUUGUAUAUAUUUUAAGAAUGGUGUUGCUUUAAGUUGGACACAACUUUUCUCUGUUAAUUUUAAACAUGUAAUGCUUUAGUUACAGUAUGAAUUUUGAAUUGAUGUAAUACAGGUUGAUAGUAUUGUUGUAUGAAUUACAUUAGUUUACACUGUUAAUAAUGGCCAUUUAUUGUGUAAUGAUAGUUAUUGAGUAAUGAUAACAUUUACCACCAUUUUUUUGUGAAUUAAUUGUUUUCACAAUAAUUGUUUAUUUGGAAAACAUUAAAGACUCUUCUCUUGAUAGGUUCAUUAUUUCAUCUAUAUAAUUCCAUAAGAAAAACCAAAAGUUGCAAUAUAUAAGAUCCAUUAAGUCUUACCCUGCAAAAAACUGAAAUAUAAUGUUGGACUAUGUGAAAGUUUUGUGUUGAAAAUAUAAAUAUUGUCCAGCUACCAUUUUAAAGGUACUAUUAAUACAAAUUUGAGAGCCAACUUAAUGCUUGGUUCCCAAUAAAAGUGCAGUACAUAAAGAAAUACAUUGAAAUGUAGGGCUCAUUUUGUGCAAAUAUUGUUUUGUCUUGUGCUGUAUCAAGAAACUAACUGUUGCAGUUUAUGUUUUGAGGGCUAAGUUAAUGAAAACAAAUACUGAGAAAUCUAGUAAUUUUAACAAGCUAGAAUAUUGUGGUAGUCUUGUGCCAUAAAAAAUUAAAUUUUUGGCAACAACCUUUCAUGAACAAAAAUGUGCCAAGUAAGUAAUAUCCAAUUAUUUAAGAAGAAUCAACAUACCAUAAACUCUAGCACAAUUUUGCAAUGCUUAAAGCAAUUGUUUGUAGUUUAGAGUAGGUUAUAAGAACCUGUAAUGUCAAUUUCUUAAUAAAACUAUCAUAUUGUUUUAGAUCUUAGCCCCUGCACCUAAAAUAAUAAUGUUUACAAAAAAUCUACCUCUAAACUAUAUGUAAUGUAGCAAAGAAUCACCAAUAUUGCUACAAAGCUAUGCAUUGAUACACCCCCAUAGAGAGUUUCAGUUUUAUGAAUUUGACAAUAAUCAACUAAACCCCACAAAUUAAAGCAGUUUAUGGACAUGAAGGGUAGAAACAUAAAAUUCUGUUACCAAGAUAUAAAACAUUACAUAAUUAGGUCAGUAUAAUACAAUUUUAACAUCUUAAUUAUUAAUAAUUUAGGUAUCGUUAACUUGGUGUCCUAAAGAUAAUAAAAAACCUCAUAUUUGGACAUGAAAGGUUGCUGAACAAAACUUAAUUAUUACAGUUAAAACCAAGCACAAUAUUAUAAGAGUAAAAUACUGACCCUGUAUUGGAGAAGGAAUGUGACUGUACUUUUGAAUUUACUAUGAGUAUCUACACAAGUGUGUUGUUCACAAAAAAAUCAGAUGAGCUACAAUUGCUGACAUCACUUCGAUUCAUGACAAGUCAGGGUGCAAGGUGAUGCUCAUGUUAUGAAUAUAAAUACUUUUGUCCAUUGUACAAUUUGCAUAUUACACUUGCAUAACCUCUAGAACUUCCAAAAUCCAUAUAUACAGUUUUUUUCAGUAUCUCUCUAUAUUGUAUCUGAUAUUUUUCCUCUCUCAUGAAUUGUUCCUAAGUCAACAGUGUAGGGUCAAAUUAAUAGUUGAUAACUCUGACAUCAAAUACAUAAUACCAUGUUGAAGGGCACUUUGUAAAAGGUCAUGCCAUGUGCACUUUGACCCCACCUGUACACAUAGGUUUAAAUGCCACAAGCAGCUAUAAAAACUAACAGAACUGACUUGAAGUUAUGGGGAAAGGUUUAUUGCAUUGCUUAUUUUAUACUAAGUAACAUCAGCAAAGUGGGCUGUCCCCAUGGCACUGAAACAUGCAUUUGGUGUUUAACAAAAGUAUUUGAUACAUUACCACAUAUUCUUCCCUGAUGUAUUUCUCAUUACCUUGGAAUGCCUUUUUCUGGCAUCCUUGAUGUGAACAAUUAAUACAGCAUACUUCAGGAUUUUCAAAAUGAAUGAUCAGUAUUAUUGAGAUUCUGAUUUAUUACAAAGGCAUAAGCAUAUGAUUGGAAUCAAACUAAUGUGAAGACAGUUUCUGAUUUAUCAAAAUAUGAAUUUACACAUCUUUCUUAAACAAAACACUUGUUUAAACAUCACAAAGUAGCUGAUUGUUUAGAAGUAUAAAUUACAGGUAUCUCCAUACUUGGUGGCACUUAUCUUUACUGCCACUGACUUUUGGACUUAUUAAACUGCCUUGUCAGUGGAAACAGUAAAACAUCACAAUCAAAUACUAUAACUUAAUGAAAAUCUGCAUGGGCUUCUAAGUAGUAUGCAAAAAAAAACUUGGCCAGAUAGCAAAACUUGAUAACUAAAGCAUUCUCCAGAUUAUCUUCAUGUAAUUUCCACUAGUAUAUCAUAAUCUGUAGGAAAUUUACCUCAUGAAUUUGCUAGUGUUUCAAUUUUCCUUCUGAUGUAAAAAUUCAAUAAAUACCAAAGUCAGUUAACCACCAUCGGGGGCAUUGAUUGCAAAUAAUAGGAGAUACCUUUAAUUUAUACUUUUAAAGGAAGGCAAUAAGAUGUUAAGUAUUUUCCAGUAUUAUUGAGAAAAAAAAAUAUUGAGGUAAAUAUACUUGAUGCUUUUAAAGACAACCAUUUUUCAAAGGCCACAAGAUUAACUGCGAGCUUUGUUUUGAAAAUUGGCAAUUUUAUGGUUCAAAGUAAUUCAUAUUUCUAUGUUGUAAGUAUUCUUCCUGAAGACCAAGUGGUUAUUAGUCAGGAAAAUUAAGCCUGACAAGGAUUUAUAUCGUAUUUUUCGGUGUAUAAGACGCACUUUUUGACCCAAAAAUUUGAUGUCAAAAUCUGCUUGCGUCCUAUACA